AUGCCAUUUAGCAUCUCAGAGGACAUCUACAUAGACACCAGCUCACGUAAAGUCAGCAAAAAGAGAAGUUGCCGCGCGCUUCUCCGUACUAUGGCUAGCGAAUCUGUACAUCAGAGCCGACUUACACAAUGUUUUGACGAAAUCAUGAAAACGGCUGCAGAAAUGCUUGUACAGCAGCAGAUCAAAAGCAUCCAGCUCAGCUCUGAUAUAGCGCCUGGGUACACGCAAAAACAGUACAAGUCACUGGGCGAUAAGGUGCAUGCGUUUCAUUCAGUUUUGGACGAUUUGGAUUUGACGUUAAGCGCAAGCAAGAGCUGCGUAGACAAGCUUGCCCUGGAGGCACAGGAAAGGAAACAAGAAGCAGAGAAGCAAAGAAUCAAAGAGGAGGAGGAAGCACGGAAGAAACUCAGCGAAGUGCAGAAACCUGAAACAAGUAAUACUGCGACGAGUUUCCCGGAGUCAACGCCGGGCACUAUGCUCAAUGAAAUCUCUAAAACUGGUAUCGCAGGCGCUGAUAGCGGCUCCAGAGGGAGCAACAACAAUGUGGCAACGGGUGCCGCCUACGCCAACGACUUCAACGAGCUCAAUGACCUGGACCUUUCUAUGUUUGGUGGCAUGGAGCAAAAUGAUUUGGGCUUGGCUGAUUUUGGGGAGAAUGCUAUGAACUCCAACGCUAACGGGGGUAAAGACAACACCCACGAAGGUGGUUUUAAUGCUGCUAUCACCCCCGGGAACAACGAAGGAACCAACGGGAACCAGGGAACGGAUGUCAGUUCGGCAAAUCCAGAGAGUUAUUUAACACUGAAUGACUUCAAUGAUUUGGGACUAGAUUGGAAUAAUACAGAAGGACAAGGCGGACUAGAUAUGAACGAAUUCAAUAUUUAG